UAGGGUUUCGAGGACAAAAGAAAAGUAUUCGAAAACUCGCUAUCGAGCUCAGUGAACCAUAUUCCAUCCCUUUCGAUGGCGGCUAUCACUCGCUUCUUGAAACCCUCGGCUAUCUCUCACGUAAGGAGAUGCUUGUAUUCUGCUUCGGCUGUCGCUGCUGAAUCUAAUCCACGCGCGCCCUCUCCCUUCGGUGACUACAAGAUCACGCGACAAGAUCCGAGCAAGAGGAACGUGCAGUGGGUGUUUCUCGGAUCUCCAGGCGUCGGUAAAGGAACCUACGCCAGUCGCCUCUCGAAUCUCCUUGGCGUCCCUCACAUCGCCACUGGCGAUCUUGUCCGUGAAGAACUCGCCUCCUCUGGACCAAUCGCCAAACAACUAACGGAGAUUGUGAACCAAGGAAAAUUGGUUUCGGAUGAAAUUAUAAUAAGUUUAUUAUCAAAAAGACUUCAAGCUGGGGAGGCUAAAGGUGAAUCGGGAUUUAUUCUUGAUGGAUUUCCUCGAACCAUAAAUCAAGCAGAAAUAUUGGAAGGAGUAACGGAUAUUGAUUUAGUGGUGAAUUUGAGACUUCCGGAGAGUGUUUUGAUUGAGAAAUGUCUUGGUAGAAGAAUUUGUGGUCAGUGCGGGAAAAAUUUCAAUGUGGCUUCAAUUAAUGUGAAGGGUCUGAACGGCUGCCGCGGAAUUAGUAUGGCUCCUCUUCUUCCUCCAUCAAGUUGUAUGUCAAAGCUUGUAACUAGAUCGGAUGAUACUGAAGAAGUGGUGAAAGAGAGACUCCGGAUAUACAAUGAAAAGAGUCAGCCUUUGGAGGACUACUACAGCAAUCAAGGGAAGUUGAUGGAAUUUGAUUUACCAGGAGGCAUCCCUGAAUCUUGGCCAAAGUUGCUGGAGGCUCUCAACCUCGACGAGUUUGAUGAAAGGCAGUCUGUUGCAGCAUAAGGUAUUACAGACUACUGUAGUUUUAUAGGCAAGUCUCGUAUUCUUUGCAUGCUGGAGUAGCAUGCUUAUCGAUUUUGCAUUCACAAGCUAAAGAUACUUGUUAUCCUUUUGCAAAGAAACGCUUUGAAAACUUUUCCUUGGCCAGAUUAUUAUAUAUUUG